CCGGUGAGAUCUGCUUAUAUUAUCUCUUUAAUUUGUAUAAUUAUGAACAAUUAAGAAUCUUGACAUCAAAGGACCCCCUUCAAUAUUUUCCAGAACGUACAGCCUAACAAACAUAUCUCUCUUCCUUUUUUUUUGUUCUAUUUAAUCAGUUCCUGUAUUUAAGGCUGAUUAAUUAUUGGUAUUAAUGGAUAAUUUCCAUUCAAUGUUUCCUUUACAACAAGAUGAUGAUGCUAAUGAUUCCCAUCGACAGCUCUUUUUUCCACAUCAUGAGCCAUAUACCAACCCUUCUAAUUUCAUAUACCAAGAAGAUCUGGUUACUGAUUUUACUCCCUUUGACUCAUUGGAGUUGGGGGACAACAAUCUUAGGUUUAACAACAACAACAAUCAGAGAGGCAAUAGGCUACAAAAAUGGUCCGUUGCGUCUACUGAAGAAAAUAAACAAAAGAAAGUGAUGCAUAGAGAAACCGAACGGCAAAGAAGGCAAGAAAUGUCUACUCUUUAUGCUUGUCUUCGACAACAGCUUCCCCUUGAAAAUAUUAAGGGAAAGCGUUCCACAUCAGACCACAUACUUGUGGCAGCGAAUUACAUAGAACAACUGCAGAAGAAUGUCAAGCAUUUGGAAGAAAGGAGAGAAAAGUUAAAGAAGGAGUCAAUUGGUUUAAGUAAUCUUGAUUAUCCCAAAAGUGGAAGCUCAUCUACUAGUAGCUCCUCGCCUGCAACUAUUGUGACAGUGAAGGAAUGCUUGGAUGGCAUGGAAAUUUUAGUCAAUUGUUGUCUCAAGAAUGAAGGGUUCCGCCUUUCUAGGGUUCUUCAAGUAUUACUUCAGGAAGGGCUUAGCAUAGUAAACUGCAGCUGCACCAAAACAAAUAGUAAAAGUGUACUUCACACUAUUCGAACCGAGGUUUCCACAGAUCGGAUAAGGAUUAAUGCGGACUCUAUCCAACAAAAACUCACAGAUAUUAUUCAUUCUGAUGAUACAAGUUUCAAGUGACUUUUAACUAUAGGAUAUUAAUGCUGCGUGAGACGCGAAUAUACAUUCCUCGCCGCCUCAGGUUUAUGCGUCAUCAGUGAAAUCUUUAAUUUUGCUUUCACUCUUUUAGCUUUUUCGGAAUGAAGCUGAUUUGAAUAGACUGAAAUGGAUAGCGAGGAUUCAGAUAGCCUGCCUCCGAGUAAAGCAUUGUUGAUGUUCUUUUCUGACCUCUUUCAGUUCAGUUUUUCCCUAAUGUAUGUACAAGAUAUAAUAAAAGUUGUACUAAGUUUCUGGCAUUUGAAUUCAAGGAUAUUCGAGGCAUUUUUUUGGUUUAUUUUGAAGUGUGCUUCAGCCACACCUUGGGGUGUGAUUAGGUUAGUCAUGCAAUAAAAUUUUAGCUCAGUAUUUUUUACUUUUUUUUUUUUGAAGUCCUCGAGUUCAUUAUAGCUUCUUGUUUUUAACAUCAGGAACUUGUAAUCCCUGGUGUAUGUAACAUGACUAAAAGACUUAAUUCAAUUAGUUCUAAAGUUUUGUUUUUAGUAAGUA